ACCACGAGGACCCCCUCACCGUCCGCCACGUACCCCUUCCUCAGUUCUCACUUCUCAUCCACCCCCUUAUAUCACCGCCACCACCCUCCCACUGACCUCUCAUCUUCACUCUCUGUAAUACCCUUUCCCAACACUUCUUGAUUCAUCAUCAAAACAAAUCAGAGCCGUUCAACAUGUCCAUCAACGACCAAAACACGCCCAUGACUCAGAAGCUUUACGAGUCAGCUCCUUCGUCUCGUCAAGUGGCAAAGUUCAUGACCGCAUCCACAUUGGGUGCGACGCUGCUAUUCUUGGCCGGGUUAACCUUGACCGGCACGGUGCUUGCCUUGAUCAUGGCAACGCCGUUGAUCGUUAUCUUCAGCCCUGUUCUAGUCCCGGCGGGGAUAACCAUACUCUUGAUGGUAACCGGCUUCUUGUUUUCCGGUGGGUGUGUGGUGGCGGCGAUAACGGCGUUGUCGUGGAUGUACAAUUACGUGCAGGGGAAACAUCCGCUAGGAGCUGAUCAACUUGAUUAUGCAAGGAAUAAGCUCCUAGUACGGCUAGAGAUAUGACUGAGAAGGCUAAGGAAUAUGGACAAUAUGUGCAGCAUAAAGCUCAAGAGGUUACACAAGGCCAAGGAUCUUAAGAGUUGAAAGAGAAA